AUGGAUUCUUGUGACAGAGAGGUACCAAAAUCACCAUUUCCAAAUGUAUUCCACAUUUUACCACAAGGGCAUGACAAAGCUUUGAAAAAGGCUUUCUACAACAUUGCAGCAAUAUUAUUUGUAAUCUUUUCCAGUGCAACAGCAGUAGCUAUCUACCAUAUUUUACAGCCCUUUUUAAGGCCCCUACUGUGGGCUGCCCUCUGUGGCACCUUCCUGUACCCCUUCAAAUAUAGGGUAACAACUGGAGCAAGGAGGUGGCUUAGGGGUCUGCAGGUUACAAAGACUCCAUUGUUUUUAGGGUUUAUAUUCCUGCCUGUUGUCAUUCUUUACAAUUUGGUUGACUACCUCGGCCGUCUCUGCUGGAAUAAUAUCAAAAUCAUAGCUUUUUGUUGUUUCUCUGUUCUUUCCAUUUUUUUCUUCUUGACAAUGUGGCCGAUCCAAGGCAUCAUCACUGGCACAACUAAAUUUGUAAUGUACGCCGAGACUGUUCUGUCGUUCUUCAGCUCCUCUUGGAUUUGGUCACCGGUCAUUGGUUACUUAUUAGUAGUAGCAUUCUGUUACAACGAGAGAACAAAGAUAUUCCUAACACUCGGUUCAUUCUUUCUCUGGAUUGCCAUCUGCUUCCACUUGGUGAACGUUUUCAACGGGCCUUUUGUGCUGGGCCUCUGCACCUUCUCAUCGGUGCUCGGUGUCAUCGGACUCGUCCAUAACCUCUCCAAGAUUAGGAGCAGGUCUUCUGCAGACCACAAGAAAAAUGACAACAUCAUCGUGGUCGACCGCAAUGAUGGUCAAGUUGAUAGCUCUAAAGAGACGACCAACCCAUCUACAACCAAUCAGCAUCAAGCAGUUUAUUCAAUCAUCGAUGAUGAUGAUGACGACGAUGAUAACGGUAGUGGCGGUGGUCGCGUCACUAACGUCACUGAUGACGCCAGUCGAAAUUUUACUGCUACCAAUAUUACUGACCAUGAUAAAAAUGAUGGGAACGAUGAGAAUGAAGAUGGCGGGAGUGGUGUUCGAGUUAGAGGAGUCAAUGUGCUUCCACACCAUCACCAUGAUAAGGAUAAGGAUAGUCCGGAUUCAGUGAAACAGCAGCUCUUCCUUCCAUUAAGUGAUUACGAAUCCGCUGUGGCUGGCGAGGCUGGCGGCGGUGGCUGUGGUAGUGGCGACAAUGGUAGUAAGAAAACGUUCAGUGAUUACUGCCUGAUGGUACUUCUCUGGUGUACUGUCCUUGUACAGCUCUGGCUCUACAACAUACUCUUCAUCAUCAUUCCUCUACUCUUACUUUGCUUUAUUGUCAAAGUUUUAGACAACUACUUGGAAGUCUGGUCACUGCUGACAGGCUGGUUCUCGUCCAACCUUGACCUUCUGAAGCAGAACCUCAGCAAUGGUUCGAGACUCGGGGUAAUCAUUCCAUGGCCUUUGAUAUGCAUGUUGGACAAGUCGAUAGAUAAGAUAUGCAGUGCUUUCAUUGUUGUUCUUUUGGUUCUCGGCGUUGGUCUGCUUGCUGUCCUUGCCGCCCUCGAGGUUCACAAAGAGAGCAUGCAUCUUGUUCAGAUAAGUAGUAACGUAUUUAACAAGAGUGAACAUCCUGAGUUUACGAGGUGGCUCCCAGAUGAUGAGGUGCUACAGAACACGUUGGAUUCCAUGGUUAAGAAUGCCUACGUCUAUGGCAGGGAGUGGAUUGUAAGGCAGAACAAAACCAUGAAAGCAUAUGAGAAGCAGUUGUCUCUGGGUGACUUCAGCAUCAUCAACGCUAGCUUCCCGUUUGCAUACUACCGAAUGAAGAAGCUCGACCUCAAUCUUAUAGACAUCGCCAGGGAGAAUGUGGAUCUCUUUAUGUCCGUAUGUUUUCGCCUGCAUGUUAUAUUUCUGACGACCUUGUUCUACUUGCUAUCAUCGAGCCACUGCCAGUACAAACCCGUCGAGUUCUUCUGCAGCUUCAGUCCAUCCUACAUGAAUAACUUCGCAUUCGCCAAGGCCUUUCAAGAUGCCAUCAACUCCGUCUUCUUGGUUUCGUGUAAGAUGGCGGUUUUCUACGGUCUCUACACCUGGCUCACUCACAGCAUUCUCGGCAUCCAGAUCGUCUUCAUACCUUCCAUUCUAGCAGCUUCUUUUGCGGCAGUUCCCUUUCUCGGCACGUACGUAGCUUGCUUGCCAGCUGUUUUCGAACUCUGGUUGGUCAACGGCCAGCCGAUCCACGCUCUUGUUUUAUUUGCAGCCCACUAUCUACCGACGCUCUUCAUUGACACCGCGUUCUACAGCGAAAUCAAGGGGGGCCAUCCAUACUUAACGGGCCUUGCUAUACUCGGCGGGAUAUAUUGGAUGGGUCUCGAGGGAGCCAUAGUCGGCCCUGUACUCCUCUGCUGUUUCGUGGUGGCUGUCCACAUGUACCAAGCCAUGAUACAACCCGAUUCUGAUUAAAUUCUUAUUGGCUUAUGCGGCUGAUUAAUUUCGUUUGACAGAAUUCUAUGUUUAACGAUUGGCUGAUUGAUUUUUUUAAUGAAUUUUUUUAGUCGAUACGUUUGCUAUGCUUUGUUUGUUGAUUGGUCAGUUUUGUUUGUCUUGAAUGUCUAUUGGUUGUGCCCUACUUGAUUGAUCUGAUAGUUAGUAAUUAGGUUAGUUGAGUGAAUUUGUUGCUUUUUAACCGUUCUCUCAUUCAUUAUUAUUUGAUUAACGCUUAUUAUUUAAUUUUACUACUAUUAAUUAAUAUUUAAUUUUAUUUUAAUGUUUUUUGACAGCUUGAUUAAAUUUUCAGCUUUACUACAAAUUAAAUGAUUUUAAUUAAUUUUGUUUAAAAGUUUUUUUUUAGUUAAGAAUUUUUUAACGGGCGCUGUGAAAGCAACAAUUUUAGAUGUGAUGUCAAACAUUUUUUUGUUAGCAUUUCAGGUUUAUUAUAUUUAUUUUUUUUAAAUUGUAACUUUCUUGCAUAUUAUGUUUGCCCAUCUAGUCGUAAGAGUAAUAUACGAUUAACCCACCAAGUAGCUUGCGAAAAAUGCUUCUAAGCCAUAUGUCCUGCUAACUUUUCUUAAUGAAAGAUGUUUACAUGUGAUAGUAUUAUACAAAUUUGCAGUUAUAACAAAUGCUAAAUGUAAUUUUAUUAUUCAAUAAUAUUCAUUUCACUUAUGUGAUUGAUGGUUUUGUUUUACGAACUGGUUUUAAUAAUUUGUAAUAUGUGUUAGCUUUGUGUUAACUUUUUUCUCACUAUCCAUUUAAAUAGUUAAAAAGUGAAGCAGAUGGUAUUGAUGGCAAAUUAUAAAAAUUUUUGAUGUAAUUUGAGACAUUUUUUUUUCAUUUCAUCAUAAUUUUAUCUCUUAAAACCAAAUUGCUUGUAACAUCGUCAAUAGUCACGUACCUACACCAAGACAUGUCAAAUUUCCUAUAUUCGUCUUCCUCAUCAUGAAUCAAAAUAAUUGUUUUAAAAUUGUCCGGUUAAUAACAAUUUUUUUUUGUAUCUUAUCA